AUGACAUCUGGACAGACCGGUAACUCCAAUCGCGAAUAUGAUAUGUUUUGCGUCGAUAUGUACUGCCCACUUCCGCAUUCGUUGAACAACACACAAAUAAGCGUCGCGGGAACGCAGAACCGGAUGCAAACCGCCUGGAAUGAGGACCUUUACGACGCAAAGCGGAUAAUUGCUGGCGAAGGCGGAUAUCUGUGGCCGAACUGGGAAAUUCGUUAUGAUUUCGGACGCUAUACAUUCAUAAUGAAGAUCGAGCCUGGGGGGAGAGCAGCAUCAGACGCAGGAAUCCCGAUCGCGGAGUCACAGGACACGGGCGAUGGCGACCCAAAGGCAAUUAGAUAG